UCCGGAGGGGCGGGGGCGUUGGAAAUGUCUGGAAGACCAGAUAGCUUCUCAGGUUGCUAGGCGACGAGGCGGGAGUACCUGAGCGAACUGUGGAAGCUAAGGCUCCCAGACCCCCGAGACCUAGAGCGAACACCGCGCCCUCCUCGGUCCUCCCUCACUUUGCUGGGAGUCCUGUACCUUGGGUGGCGUCCGGUGACGAGGAGAAAGUUUGUGGGGACGCCCCCUCCCAGGCGACUUAGGACUGCACGUUUUCAGCACUCCGGAGUCAGGACAAAGAUUCCUUCUGCCAUCAGAUGUCUUUCUGCUUGACUGAACUGCACCUGUGGUCUUUGAAGAAUACCUUACACAUUGGGGAUAGAGAUAUUGGAGUCUACCAGUAUUAUGACAAGAAAGAUCUGCCAGCGACAGAGCAUGGUAACUUAGAAGAAAAGCAGAAACUGGCAGAGUCACGAGAUUAUCCUUGGACGCUCAAAAAUAGACGCCCAGAAAAACUUCGAGAUUCGCUCAAAGAGUUAGAGGAACUGAUGCAAAACAGUCAGUGUGUGCUGAGCAAAUGGAAGAACAAAUCUGUCUGUCAGCUCCUCUUUGGUUCAGGUGUGCUGGUGUCCCUAAGUCUUUCUGGGCCGCAGCUGGAGAAAGUGGUGAUUGACAGAAGCCUGGUGGGGAAGCUCAUCUCAGACACCAUCAGUGAUGCUCUUCUCACAGACAGCUUCAUCAUCUUAUCAUUUUUGGUGCAGAACAAACUAUGUUUUAUUCAGUUUUCCAAGAAGAUGGAUUCUCCUGAUAUAAACAAAAGAUUGGAAAAACUCUCAGCCUUAGAUUACAAGAUUUCCUAUUAUGAAUUACCUGGUCCAGUAAACAGGACAGCAGAGCGUCGUCUAGCUAUCAAUUGUAUUCAGGAUAUGGUUGUUUGCUGGUGGCCACUGGUCAGUGAUGAUGCUUGGCCUUGGGCCCCAAUUUCUUCAGAGAAGGACAGAGCCAAUCUUCUGAUCCUGGGUUAUACUCAAGGAAAACUGGAGGUUCUGAGUUCUGUUCGUACAGAAUGGGAUCCACUAGAUGUUUGCUUUGGCACCAAACAGCCUUAUCAGGUGUUUACAGUGGAGCAGUCCGUCAGUGUAGACAAAGAGCCCAUGGCUGACAGCUGCAUCUAUGAAUGUGUUCGGAACAAAAUCCAUUGUGUGUCAGUCACCAGAAUACCAUUAAGAUCGAAGGCCAUCAGCUGCUGCAGGAGUGUUACUGAAGACAAACUGAUUCUGGGCUGUGAAGAUUCUUCAGUAGUUCUUUAUGAAACUCACCGUAGAGUGACUCUCUUGGCCCAGGCUGAACUUUUGCCUUCAUUAAUAAGCUGCCACCCAAGUGGUGCCAUUCUGCUAGUUGGCAGCAACCAAGGGGAGCUGCAAAUUUUUGAUAUGGCUCUAUCCCCUAUUAACAUCCAGCUCUUGGCUGAAGACCGCUUACCCAGGGAGACUCUGCAAUUCAAUAAGUUCUUUGAUGUUUCCAGCAGUCUUGUUCAAAUGCAGUGGAUAGCUCCUCUGGUUGUUUCUCAGAAGCCUGAAAAUAGACACAUCUAUGAUCUUCUCUUCCUCAGGUUUGACAGAGGACCUUUGGGUGUGCUUUUGUUUAAACUUGGCAUACUCACUCAGGGACAACUGGGCCUAGUAGAUAUUGUCUUCCAGUACAUUCAUUGUGAUGAGAUCUAUGAAGCAAUAAACAUCCUGAGCAGUAUGAACUGGGACACCCUGGGCCAGCAGUGCUUUAUCAGCAUGAGUGCCAUCGUGAACCAUCUCCUUAGACAAAGACUUACUCCAGAGAGAGAAGCACAGCUUGAGGCAAGCCUUGGAACCUUCUAUGCUCCAACACGACCACUUCUGGAUACAACUAUUUUGGAAUAUAGAGACCAGAUCAGCAGAUAUGCAAGGAGAUUCUUCCACCACUUGCUAAGGUACCAGAGAUUUGAAAAGGCAUUUCUCCUAGCUGUUGACAUUGGUGCUCGCGACCUGUUUAUGGAUAUCCAUUACCUUGCCCUAGAUAAGGGUGAAUUGGCACUAGCUGAAGUGGCAAGAAAAAAAGCUAGUGAUAUUGAUGCAGAAUCAAUAACCUCUGGAGUCGAACUCCUGGGGCCCUUGGACAGAGGGGAUAUGCUAAAUGAAGCUUUUGUUGGCCUAUCUUUAGCAUCUCAAGGGGAAGACUCAUUUCAAGAUAAUCGUCCUUCCUUUGGUUCAAUCCACAGGCAUAGUAUUCAACAAAAAAUACUGAAAAGCUCUUCUAACAGGUAA